AUGAAUGAGCGAGAUCACUUGUUGAAAAAAGCCAGAAAGAGUGGGAAAGAAUAUGACUGGUGUAAUUAUCGCAAAGCACGAAAUAGUGUCACAAAAUGUAUUCGCCAGCAUAAAGCAAAUUAUAAUCGCUCAGUCUUUCGUGAGAACGUUAACAGACCAAAACAGUUCUGGGAUCAAAUAAAGAAAUGCUACCCAACCCGAAAUAAGGGGGAAACCCCAAACAAGCUGUUUGACGUUGAAGGAAAACUCAUAUCCGAUAGCUAUCUGAUCGCUAGUGCUUUUUGCAACUUUCUUAUUGGAAUUGGUACAUCCAUUCAACAAUGCUAUGUCACAUUAACAGAGAAACAUUGGCAAUUCCACAGCUAUCAAAGAUUGCAAUAUCUCAUAAACCCACAUCAUUGCGUUUUUAAAUUUAAGGAAGUGACUGAAAGGGAUAUACUGUCUAUUAUAAAAACGUUGAGAUCAUCCACAGCCCCAGGAUAUGAUAAUAUCCCGAUAUCCUUUAUUAAAGACGGUGCCCAAGAAUUAUCCACCCCACUUGUGCUUUUGAUAAACUUAUGCUUACGACAGUCAAUUUUCCCAGAUGUAGAGAAAUUGGCAAAUGUUACACCAAUUUUUAAGUCGGGAGACCGAUCAUCAAUGGAUAACUAUAGACCAAUUUCCGUCUUGCCUGUAUUAGCAAAGAUUAUUGAACGUGUUGUUCACAAACAGCUAUCUAUCUAUCUGGAAGAAAACUGUCUGCUUUCCCCUAACCAAUUUGGAUUUCGUAAAGGUUGA